UCCCAAAACCGUACCAGGCGCAACAUGGCCGACAAGACCACCGAAGACCAGCAGUCCUCCGUUGGAGCUGAGGGACAGGCCCAAGGCGGCGCAUCCGUUGGCGGCAAGGCCGGCGCUUCAAGUUCGAGUAAGAAGACCACCGAGAAGAAGACCCCGAAGAAGCUAGGCGGCAAGAAACCUCAACAACAACCCACUCCCGAGCCCACUCCUGCGCCUGAGAGUGAGGAAGAAGACGCUGAAGCGAAUGACGACGCAGAAGUAGCUACCAACGGCGGUGCCGAGGAGUCAGAGCCCGAACCGCAGCCCCAGAAAACACAGUCAAGACGCCGCCAAUCUCGUGGCCGUGGCCGACGAGGCGGCGCCACGGCUGAAGUGAGCGAAAGCGACUACCGCUCUGAUCAAUCUGCCACCGGUGGGCGACGAAACCGUCAGCGCCAGAAGAAGCAAGGAGGCGGUCCCCUGGAUGGCAUCACCGAGAAUGCGCCUGGUGGAGAGCUCGUCAAUGGUGCCGGCGAGAUGGUGCAGAACACGGCUGGAAAUGCUGUCAACCAGGUCGGCGACACUGCAGGCCAAGCUGUAGGAGGCCUGACAGGCGGCGGGAAACAGGGUCAGGGAGAGGAUGACGAAGACGGCAAAGGCGAGCAGCUGCGCCUGCGGCUUGAACUGAACCUCGACAUUGAGAUCCAGCUCAAGGCGAAGAUUCACGGUGAUCUUACGCUGGGCUUGCUCAACUAAACUCGUAAGCAACUAAACUCGUACACAACGCUUCAGGUCUGGAUCCAAUGCUGUUUGUUCGCGCGGAGAAGUCAAUGUGGUCAUGAAUAUUGGGCUAAUCACAAAUGCACUGAGUUGGGACGGCGUUGGGUUCCAUUGAUGUAAUUAUUAGUCGCAGCACCG